GGUGAAGUGUUUCGUGGAGGGGUCGCCGUUCGGGGUGUCGGUGGACCUGUCGCGCUUCCAGUCGACGCAGGAGCUGCGCGAGGCGCUGCUGUCGGUGACGGAGGGGUCGUCCGUGGUGUACCAGGACCGGGAGGGCGACAUGAUCCUGCUGGGGGACGAGUCCUGGGAAUUCUUCCUCAAGUCCGUCAGGCGCAUGUACAUUCGCAGAUGAAUUGAGUUGAUGCUGGGGGGCUAGCUGGCCCUACCUUAGAUCUCAUGAUAUAUGGUAGUUGUCAGUCGCAGCUAGAUGUGAAAUACCCUUGUUGUGGAAGCCUUUCAGUCCAAGCCUAGCCCCCUGUCCCCUUAAGGGUCUAAUUUUGCACUGUAGGGGCCCCUGAUUGGAUACUGGAAGCUCAGAUUAGUU